AUGACGUUUAUAUACGUUGAAUUAACCAUGUUGACAUCACCGUCACUAUGUGUUUUCAUUGUACUUACAAAUAUGCUGAUAUUAUGUCUGUGUUUUCCUGGUAAAAUAUUGGGCCCUGGAAUUCCUAUAUUUAAAAAGUUGGAGCCCUGCAAUCCGCCUACAUCGGAUAUUGAUAUAUCAGUGACACAAAGGAAAUUCAAUCGAUCCACUAAUGUGUUUGAUGUAUCCAUCAUAACUCCGUGGCCACUGGGAGACGCCAUCACUUUGGAGUUGUCAGUUUCUAUAAAGAAAGAAGGAGGGUACAAACCAGGGUACUACUACUUAAAAGAUACAUUUUGCACUAUCAUAAAAACUGUUUUCAACGAUGUGUUCAAAACAUUUUUAGAGGCCAUAGAAGUCGAAGACUGUCCUAUACCAAAUGGCACGUACAAAGUUAAGGAUUUUUAUUUGGACAAUCAAGAAAUGCCAAAGGAUGUCCUUUAUGGGGAAUAUAAGACAGAUGCAAAAUUUUACAGGAAUGAAGUACUUAUAGGAUGUAAUGUGGUGUACAUGGAUUUCGAACCCAAGGAUUAAUUGUAAAAGUGUCACCAAC